AAGCGAAAUAGAAUCGAGGUGGGGCCAGUAUCAAAAGUUGCUUUAUAUAUGUUCUGUGUUAUACAUCCCGACAGCUAAAACUUAGGUUAUUUAUAACCUUGCACAAUAUCUUUCGGAUAAUCAUGGUAGAGGAGAUUCAAAAGAAGCUUCAAAAUGAAGCCGACACGCUGCGGCAAAUCCAGAAAGAAUACAACAAGGCGCUGAGCCAGAGGCAGCAACUAGAUGGUCAGCUGAAUGAAAAUAUUAUGGUAAAGAAAGAACUGGAUGUUCUAAAGGAAGAAAACGAUGUUUUCAAGUUGAUAGGACCUGUGCUUGUGAAACAGGAAUUGUGUGAGGCCAAACAGAAUGUUGACAAGCGUAUGGAUUACAUCAAAUCCGAACUGAAACGCGUGGAUGACUUGAUGUCUAACAUGGACAAGAAGCUAGACUCACAGAGAGAUGUAAUAGAUAAAUUGCAGCAAGCAUUUCAACAAGCCCAGAUUAAAACAUCAAUAAACGAAUCAAAAUCAUAAUAUUGUACAGAUUGU